AUGGAAACCGUGUUGGCUCUGUUCUUUAUUCUCCUGUCGGGCUGCCUCUCCGUUUGGGCGAUAUGUCCCGACCGCUGCGACUGCCAGCACGCGCAACACCUCGUCUGCACCAACCGAGGGCUGCGCGCGGUGCCCAAAGUCGCGACGCGGAGCUCGGGCGACGUCCUGGUCUUUAGCCUCGGCGGAAAUUUCAUCGGCAACAUUUCUGCUUUCGACAUGAGCCGUUUCAGCCGCCUGACCCGACUGGACCUGCAGUACAACCGGAUCCAGACCGUCCACCCGAAAGCGUUUGAGAAGCUGUCGCGCCUAGAGGAGCUCUAUCUGGGGAAUAAUUUGCUCUCGGGAAUUUCUGCGGGAACUUUGCAGCCGCUGAAGAAACUCCGAAUUCUGGACGCAAACAGUAAUGAAAUAGACAAGAUAACCGCCGAUACUUUCGUGAAUUUAGAAAACGUAAUUAAACUGAGAUUGGAUGGGAAUUCGAUACAAACUCUACACGACUCCGUUUUUAAGGGUAUGGGAAGUCUGCUGUAUCUCCAUCUGGAAUCUAACAGACUUCGGCACAUUCACAGGAAUGCUUUUGCAAAACUGGAGAAACUCCGUUUCCUGGACCUGUCCGAUAACAAGCAGACGGCUCUCCGCGAUGUCCACGCGUUCAGCCCACUCACUUCUCUGGCCACAUUGCUGGUGGCAGGAAACGAAAUCCAACUGGUUGGCAACUACGUCUUUCAGAAUCUGAGAAGCCUGACCAGACUGUCCCUCAGCAACAAUAACAUUUCUCUGCUGGAGCCCGCCGCGCUGGACGGCCUGUCGAGCGUCAGGGAACUCCUGAUUGACGGGAACCAGCUGGCGGAAGUCCCGGGGCGGCUGCUAGACCCCCUGAUGCAGCUGGAAGAGCUGGACUUGAGCCGUAACCGAAUUUCCAGGCUGCACCCCUCUGCGUUUAGCCGCCUGAAGCAGUUGAAGGUUUUAAAGCUGAACUCCAACCGGCUGACGAGCAUCCCGGGAACCGUCUUCGCGGCGAACGGCGGUUUGUACCGCCUGGACCUGAGCGGAAACGAGUGGAUCUGCGGUUGCGCGCUGGCUGGCUUUAAAGAGUGGAUCCGCCGCGCGCAUUCUACCGGCCGGCUGCUCGCUGUGUUCUUGCGCUGUCGCCAGCCUGCGCGUCUGGCGGGAAAGUACCUGGAUUACCUGGAGACCUCUGAGCUGCAGCCUGCAGGUAACCUCACCUGUGUCCCCGAGCAGGGAGUGCAGGCGGAUCAGGGCCAGCCCGGCCAAUCACAGCAGAGCAGGCGCAGGAAGGGCGGAGCCCCACGGGCCAGACCCCGCCCCCACGCCGCUGGGUCACUGAAGAGGGUUCGAGCCGAGCCAAUGACAGGGGUCCCCUCCCCGGAGGCCACGCCCACUAUCCUCUCCCCUGGGCCCUCUGAGCGUGUGCAGCAGCUCCCCCUAGUGGCCGAGGCGUGUAAGUUCAGCCGCUUCCUGUUCAACGUCAGCGCGGAUCAGCUGAGCCCCACGAGCGCACGCCUGCAGUGGGAGCUCCGCCCGGCCCUGGCCCCGCCCCCCAGGGUGCGGUUCCGCGUGCGCUACGACCGAUUCGCCGCCACGGCCCCGUUCCCACGGUUCCUGUACCUGGGCGGCGGGGCCAGGGGGGUGACGCUGCAGGAGCUGGCGGCCAAUCAGCCGUACGUGGCGUGCGUGGAGGGCGUGGUGGGCGGGGCCGUGUGCGAGGUGGCCUCACGCGACCACUGCGCCGGGGUCCUUACCCAGCAUGCACUGCAGGACGGCGGGGGCGGGCUCCACCUGCAGCUGGUCACCGUGGUGACUCUGGCAGCCAAUGCGCUGCUGCUGCUGGCGGUGGGCGGGGCCUGGGCCGGGCGGGGCCUGAGGCGGGGCCUGCGCAGGAAGUCGGCGGUGAGCAUCCGCCACAUGUACUCCUCCCGCCGGCCGCUGGGCGCCGGGGCAACGGAGCCGCUCUGCGCCGACUUCACAGCCUAUCAGAGCAGCCGGCCGCGGGGGGGCGGGGCCGACGAGGGCGACCUCAUCCAGUUUGUCUGCGACCGUUUCCACGACAACAGCCCCACCUGCAGGGAGGACGCCACGCCGCGCUUCCAGGACUGA